AUGUCGAAUAACCUUGAAGAAUAUACUACAAGAGACGAUAGUGAAAUAAAUGAAAAUUACAAUUCAUCGGACUCCGAAGAAUAUGUGGAAAACUAUAUAAAUAAUGGAUUAGGUACACGUAGAAAUAAAAAUAGAAAAUGGUGUAGAACAUUGAGUACGUCUUCGGAGGAGGAAGAUCCGCAUUUAACUCAAAAUAUCGAAAACUGUAAACGGACGGAAAUGUUCUUGUGGACGAAGAAGAAUUUGACGCCCAUAUUACAUAUCUUUGACGAUGGAAAUUCCGGAGUAAAAGUGCAUUUGAACGCACAGUCAACACCUUUUGAUGCUUUCCAAAUUUUCUUCUCGGAGGAAUUGGUCUCUCAAAUUACCGAACAGACGAACAACUACUUCAAGUAUGUAAAAGAUCAUAUAGCAUGUAAAACGAAUUCGCGUUUGAACAAUUGGCAGAAUGCCUCAGUCUGCGAAAUGUAUGGAUUUUUCUGUACUACAAUGCUAAUGUCGCGGGUAAGGAAACUCUCUUUGAGGGAGUAUUGGUCCACCGAUGAAAUGCUGAAAACCAGUAUAUUCCGGAAGAUAAUAGCACGAGACAGGUACAUGUUAUUAUUACAAAUGUUAAACUUCAAUGAUCAUAACGUAAUAAACGAUGACCCGAUAAUAAAAAUACGACCAGUAGUCGACAAACUGAAGAAAUCCUUUUCACAGUCAUUUACACUAUAUGAAAAUCUAUGCAUCGACGAAAGCCUCGUACUAUAUAAAGGCAGAUGUUAUUUCAAGCAGUUUAUACCUUCUAAGAGAAGCAGGUUUGGUAUCAAGAUAUUUGUUCUUUGCGACUGUAGAACUAAUUACGUAUUGGAUUUUAUCAUUUAUACUGGAAAAAAGACAGAAAUAAGUCAAAGUACUUCGACCAUUGGGAUUUCUGGAAACGUUGUUAUGACGCUCCUUCAACCUUACUUUGAGAAGGGUCAUACGUUAAUUACGGACAAUUGGUAUACAAGCCCACGUUUAUAUACUUUGUUACACGAGCACAAAACCAAUGCAUUCGGAACUGUUCGCAAAAAUAGGAGCGAAAUGCCCCGUAUGGAAGAAAGCUUGAAGAAAGGUGAAAUUUGUUACCGAUCUACGAAUAAUUUAUUGGCGAUGAAAUGGCGUGACAAGAAGGAUGUCUGGAUGCUAUCUACUGUACACGCAGCUAGGUUGAUUGAAACGGAAAAACAAAACUAUCGAACAGGGUUAAAGAAGACCAAACCAUCGUGUAUUGCAGAUUAUAACUCUUACAUGGGUGCUGUAGACAAAGUUGAUAUGGUUUUAAGUACACUUAAUUCUACAAGGAAAACCAUAAAAUGGUAUAAGAAACUUUUUUUCCGUUUGCUAGAUUUAGCAAUAUACAAUGCAUAUAUCCUAUACAAAAAUUCUACUGGUACGAAACAAAAAUUUAAUGAAUUUCAUUCGGCGCUGGUAAAAGACACUUUACGGAAAUAUCCACAAAGUAGAAGCGUAGUGGGAGGUGAUAAAAAAGAUUCGAAAGAUAUACCGUUUCGUUUAACAGAGAGACAUUUUCUAUCAAAAUGUUCAAAUCAAACGGACAAGGCACAAUUAGCACGAAGAAAAUGCGUUGUUUGCGCGAAACAUAAAAAACGAAGUGAUACGCGAUAUGAAUGCAGAAAAUGCGAUGUCGGUUUAUGUAUCGAUUGUUUUGAGACUUACCACACCCAAAUGAACUUCUAA